AAUCAUCUCCAGCAACAUCUUCUGCAUCCAAAUCGAUCCCAAACUUCUUUUCCUCAGGUUUUUCCUCGUCUUCCUUUAUCUCGAUCUUCUUAUCGUGAAGGAUUGCCGAUUGACUUGACGCCGCAAGACGCUUUUGAAAUCGCUCGAGCAUACUCAUGGUCUGAUUUUCACGAUUAGGAUCUUUGGUCUUUACAAUAUCCUUCGAUUUCGAUUUGAACUUUAGUUUCAGUCCAUGAUAAAACUUCAUGGCUUCCGACUGCUCUUCCUCUUCCUUUUCGGGCUUCGGUUUCGAUCCCCGUAAAGCUUUGAUGUGUUCCUUUUGCAUAGCUUUCAGCUCAGCCUGCAUCGCUUCCAUUCUUUCGCGCUCCUGCUUCCGACGUUCGUCAUCAAUCAUUUUCUCAAAGUCUUCAUCCUUGCCAUCAUCAUCCACUUCAUCAAUCUUCCUCUUAGCCGCAAAUUUCGCACGUAUGGAUGAAACCGUAGAUGCAUCGCGCUCGGCAUCCUCUUCCUAA